CCGCUGUAAUCCGCUAGGUGGCAGUAAGUCUUUCAUCAGAGUGACUUCCGGCCAAGCCAAGAAGAAGAAGAAGUCCUCCACUUCCGGCCCAGAAGUAAACAGGAAGUCAUCCAAUGGAGGUGUCAGCGGCCAACGGUGGAGCUGUGCUGGCAAACAUGAGCGAUGUGGCCCAGACAGACUUCAUCUACUGCUGCGGCGCCAUCACAGAACUUCUUAGAUGUGGACCCAAACAUCUCAGACCUCAACACAAACUGAUGAUUCUUCUCAUUCCUGGUGAGUAACCCUGGGUCCUUGGCUUCUACAGAACCUUCCUGACACUUUGGAGUCUCCUUGGCAAACAGCACCCUGUGUGGGCUGUGAGUCAUGCCGGACACUGUGUGCCCCCCGCAUCCAUGGACAUGGUCCAAGAUGCCUCCUCAACAGUCUGUAUGGUCCAAGACGUGUUUGGUCUUGAUGGGCAGAUAGAACACAAAGUGACUUUCCUCAGGCAGUGUCCCAAGGACACCAAGCUGGUCCUGGUUGGACACUCCAUUGGUUGCUACAUCAUUUUGGAGAUCUUGAAGAGGGAUCCAAGUCUCCAGGUUGUGAAGGCGGUCCUGCUUUUCCCCACCAUCGAACGCAUGGCCCAGACUCCUCAAGGGAAGGCCAUGACACCUUUCCUGUGCCACCUGCGCUACAUGGCCUACCUGCCCAUCUUUCUUCUCUCUCUGCUGCCUGAGGCGCUCAAAAGAAGUCUGGUCAGACUGGUUCUUGGUGGACUUGGCUGUCCGGAUCAGUCCGUAGUCCAAGCUGCUGUGGGCCUCCUCAGUGGCGACUGUGCAGUCUGUUACAAAUAA